AUGCUAAGAGUGUUUUCCAUGGACGGUGUUUUUGCUAUCAACAAAAAAUCUGGUGUAACUUCUAGGCAAGUUGUUGAUCAAAUAAAUCGGAUCUUGUCAAAUUCAACUAGUGGAAAUAAGUCACUGGAUCAACUAAAAAAUGCAAGAAAUGAAUCCAACGGCAAGCAAAGGUUGAGGAAAUGGAAAACUUCUAAAUUGAAAAUGGGCCAUGGCGGUACGUUGGAUCCUUUAGCCUCCGGUGUUUUGGUUAUUGGUGUUGGUUCAGGUACUAAAAAGUUAGGUGAAUACACAAAUGGUUCUGUGAAAAGGUACGAAUGUAUAGGUUUGUUAGGUGGAUCAACCACAACAGGGGAUUCAGAAGGUGAGUUACUACUCAAAACUGAGGUUGACCAUGUGACUAUGGAACUGUUGGAAAAAACUAGAGACAGAAUGAUUGGUACUUUAGAUCAGACACCACCGAUUUUUAGUGCUUUAAAGAUGGAUGGUAAACGAUUAUAUGACUAUGCUAGAGAAGGGUUACCGCUUCCUCGUGAAAUAAAGUCUAGAGAAGUCAAGAUUAUAGAUUUAAAUUAUAAGCAAGAUACACUUACUAAUAAUCAUGAGUACAAGUUUAUCAAGAGUCAGGUUGAUGAAACAGGAAGAUCACUUUCCGAACAACUCGCAAAGAACCCAACUUUAAACGAUCAUAAAAUUCCAUUUGCAAAAGAGUGGACAGAAAAACAUUCAGAUGACAAGGGGCUUCCAUUAGAAAUGAAACCAGUCAAAGACUCAAGUGCUUAUGAAAGCGAUGAUUACCGAGCACCUUUAUUGCAUUUUGAAUCGACAGUUUCGUCGGGUACAUAUAUUAGAUCUCUGUUGAGCGAUAUUGGCCGCUGCGUCGGCUCUAGCGCUUAUAUGGUUGAUCUUGUAAGGCUGAAGCAAGCACAAUGGGAUAUGUCUAAAAAUGUCUUUGAAAUGGAAGAUUUCACCAAUUACCGUGAGGAAAUAUGGGCACCUGUUCUACAAAAAGUUUUGACAUCUGAUAAUGGUGAGGUGAAUGUGAGAGAGGAAAUGAAAAAAGCGAUCAAGGAACAUCCUGAAGCUGUCAAGAGUGACAAGGAAAUUGAAGAGCUAGAAACAGAGAGAGAAGAAGAAGAUAAAAGGCGUAAGGAAAGACAAAAUGACCACUCAAACAAGAGACAAAAGAAAUGA